AGCAUGAAGCUCCUGACGAAACUUGCGGUACUUGCCGCAGUUUUUGGUACAGCGUCUUCCGGCAAAUUACUCCUGAUCCUACUGGACGGCUUCCGCUGGGACUACUUCGACCAAGGGCUUAAUCUGCCUGCUUUUAACGAGAUUUUCCGACGUGGUGUUCGAACAAAACAGCUUGUACCUGCAUAUCCACCCGUAUCGUACCCUAACCACUACACGCUACUGACAGGCCUUUAUGUAGAGUCGCACGGGUUUGUGGGGAACGAAAUGUAUGACGUCACAACAGGAAAAACGUAUUCUCCCUGGUUCAACAACUUGACAGCCGCAGACAGGUCAUUUAUGUAUGACGAGGCUGAGCCGCUGUGGAUCUCUGCAGUUAAACAGGACAAGAGAGUGUACAUGUUCCACUGGGUUGGCUGUGAGGUGAUCAUACAAGGGAGACAACCCACAUACUGUCGGCGACACACAGACGUUCCCACCAUUGCUGAUUUUAGACGUGACCUUGACGAGAGCGUGGGUCUCUUCCUCAACUCUAGUGCAGAUCUGGCAGUGGUCUACCAUGAGAAGGUGGACGACUAUGGACACCGGUAUGGACCGAUGACCAGUGAGGUAAACUCGGCAAUAGAGGAAGUAGAUGAAGAACUUGGACGGAUGCUGAAGAAGUUUGCGAGUCACGGCUUGGACGACACCGUCGACGUGAUGAUUUUCUCUGAUCACGGGAUGACAACAAUAUCGCCGUCACAAGUCGUCAACGUCAGUGACGUUAUUCCUACGUCGUCUGUCGACGUCAUUCUAAAUGGAUACGGCUCCCAUGUCUAUAUCUGGCCUAAACAAGGCCGUCUACAAGAGCCCAACUUUGGUUACUACGCUUAUGACACAGGACCAAUGCUUGGCGAACACGGGUUUGAUCCAGCGGAGUCCAACAUGAGCGGAAUAUUCACAGCAUUUGGACCAAGUUUUGUCCCCGGUGUGACGUCAGAGAAGCUCUCCAACGUCAACCUAUACCAGAUAAUGUGUGAGAUCCUCAGCAUCGAGCCUCGUUCUCACAAUGGGACGUGGUCACAUGUCAGUCACAUGGUCAAAGAUGUAUCCGGAAUGCAGUGA